UUCCCGGCGUGCACCGCGGGCCGCCGAGCUGCAGUGAAGGGUUGCACUUCCUGGGAAGGAACCGCACUUGGCCGUUCUACAGAUGGGGACACCCAGCCCAGCGGCGACUGCGACCGUCUCGGGGACGGACGUCGCAGAAUGGGAUGAAACCGGGGACGUCCUGGCCCCUGGGGAGGGUUCGGCGGGGCGAGUAUGCAGUGCGCAGCCAGUGCCGUUCGUCCCGCAGGUGCUGGGCGUGAUGAUCGGGGCCGGAGUCGCGGUGCUGGUCACAGCCGUGCUCAUCCUCCUGCUGGUGCGGAGGCUUCGAGUUCCUAAAACCCCAACACCCGAUGGCCCCCGGUAUCGAUUCCGGAAGAGAGACAAAGUGCUUUUCUAUGGCCGGAAGAUUAUGAGGAAGGUUUCACAAUCAACUUCCUCUCUGGUGGAUGCCUCUGUCUCCACCACCUCCCGGCCACGAAUGAAGAAGAAACUCAAGAUGCUCAACAUUGCCAAGAAGAUCCUGCGCAUCCAGAAGGAGACGCCAACACUGCAGCGGAAGGAGCCCCCACCUGCGGUGCUCGAGGCGGACCUGACGGAGGGUGACCUGGCCAACUCCCACCUGCCCUCCGAGGUGCUCUACAUGCUCAAGAAUGUCCGAGUGCUGGGCCACUUCGAGAAGCCACUCUUUCUGGAACUCUGCCGGCACAUGAUCUUCCAGCGGCUCAGCCAGGGUGAUUACGUCUUCCGGCCAGGCCAGCCAGAUGCCAGCAUCUACGUGGUGCAAGACGGGCUACUGGAGCUCUGCCUGCCAGGGCCUGAUGGAAAGGAGUGUGUGGUGAAGGAAGUGGUCCCUGGGGACAGUGUCAAUAGCCUUCUGAGCAUCCUGGAUGUCAUCACUGGCCACCAGCACCCCCAGCGUACUGUGUCCGCCCGGGCAGCCCGAGACUCCACGGUGCUGCGGCUGCCAGUGGAGGCCUUCUCAGCUGUUUUCACCAAGUACCCUGAGAGCCUGGUGCGGGUGGUACAGAUCAUCAUGGUGAGGUUGCAGCGGGUCACCUUCCUGGCACUUCACAACUACCUGGGUCUGACCAAUGAGCUCUUCAGCCAUGAGAUCCAGCCCCUGCGCCUCUUCCCCAGCCCAGGCCUCCCAGCCCGCACCAGCCCCGUGCGAGGCUCCAAGCGUGUGGUCAGCACCUCGGCAACCGAGGAGCCCAGGGAGGCCCCUGGCCGGCCGCCUGACCCCACUGGGGCCCCUCUGCCUGGACCCGCAGGGGACCCGGUGAAGCCCACAUCCCUGGAAGCCCCCUCGGCGCCCCUGCUGAGCCGCUGCCUCUCCAUGCCCGGGGACAUCUCAGGCUUACAGGGUGGCCCCCGCUCAGACUUCGACAUGGCAUACGAACGGGGCCGGAUCUCUGUGUCUCUGCAAGAAGAGGCCUCAGGGGGACCCCAGGCAGCCCCUGUUCGGACACCCACUCAGGAGGCCCGGGAGCAGCCAGCAGGUGCCUGUGAGUACAGCUACUGCGAGGACGAGUCAGCCACCGGCGGCUGCCUCUUUGGGCCCUACCAAGGCCGCCAGACCAGCAGCAUCUUUGAGGCAGCAAAGCGGGAGCUGGCCAAGCUGAUGCGGAUCGAAGACCCCUCCCUCCUGAACAGCCGAGUCUUGCUACAUCAUGCCAAAGCUGGCACCAUCAUCGCCCGCCAGGGGGACCAGGACGUGAGCCUGCACUUCGUGCUCUGGGGCUGCCUGCAUGUCUACCAGCGCAUGAUCGACAAGGCUGAGGACGUGUGCCUGUUUGUGGCACAGCCAGGGGAGCUGGUGGGGCAGCUGGCGGUGCUCACUGGGGAGCCACUCAUCUUCACGCUGCGAGCCCAGCGGGACUGCACCUUCCUGCGGAUCUCCAAGUCCGACUUCUACGAGAUCAUGCGUGCACAACCCAGUGUGGUGUUGAGUGCCGCGCACACGGUGGCUGCGAGGAUGUCACCAUUCGUGCGCCAGAUGGACUUUGCAAUUGACUGGACGGCGGUGGAGGCGGGACGCGCACUGUACAGACAGGGCGACCGCUCCGACUGCACCUACAUCGUGCUCAAUGGGCGGCUGCGCAGCGUCAUCCAGCGCGGCAGCGGAAAGAAGGAGCUGGUGGGCGAGUACGGCCGCGGGGAUCUCAUCGGGGUGGUGGAGGCACUGACACGACAGCCGCGGGCCACCACGGUGCACGCGGUGCGUGACACGGAGCUGGCCAAACUCCCCGAGGGCACUCUGGGCCACAUCAAAAGACGAUACCCUCAGGUUGUGACCCGCCUCAUCCACUUGCUGAGCCAGAAAAUUCUGGGGAAUUUGCAGCAGCUUCAAGGACCCUUCCCAGGCUCGGGGCUAGGUGUACCCCCUCACUCGGAGCUCACCAACCCAGCCAGCAACCUGGCAACAGUGGCUGUCCUUCCCGUGUGCGCCGAGGUUCCCAUGGUGGCCUUCAUGCUGGAGCUGCAACAUGCUUUGCGAGCCAUCGGCCCCACACUCCUCCUCAACAGUGAAAUCAUCCGGGCACGCCUGGGGGCCUCUGCCUUGGACAGCAUCCAAGAGUUCCGGCUGUCAGGGUGGCUGGCCCAGCAGGAGGAUACCCACCGCAUAGUGCUCUACCAGACAGACUCGUCACUGACACCCUGGACCGUGCGUUGCCUGCGCCAGGCAGACUGCAUCCUCAUUGUGGGCCUAGGUGACCAGGAGCCCACGCUUGGCCAGUUGGAGCAGAUGUUGGAGAACACAGCGGUGCGCGCCCUCAAGCAGCUGGUCCUGCUGCAUCGUGAGGAGGGCCCUGGCCCUACACGCACCGUGGAGUGGCUUAACAUGCGCAGUUGGUGUUCUGGGCACCUGCACCUGCGCUGUCCCCGCCGCCUCUUCUCGCGCCGAAGCCCCGCCAAACUGCAUGAGCUGUACGAGAAGGUUUUCUCCAGACGCGCGGACCGGCACAGCGAUUUCUCCCGGCUGGCGCGGGUGCUCACUGGCAACACCAUCGCCCUCGUGCUGGGUGGGGGCGGAGCCAGGGGCUGCUCACACAUUGGGGUGCUCAAGGCAUUAGAGGAGGCUGGGGUUCCUGUCGACUUAGUGGGCGGCACAUCCAUUGGCUCCUUCAUUGGGGCCCUCUAUGCCGAGGAGCGAAGCGCCAGCCGCACUAAGCAGCGGGCCCGGGAGUGGGCCAAGAGCAUGACUUCUGUGCUGGAGCCUGUGCUGGACCUCACGUACCCCGUCACGUCCAUGUUCACGGGGUCGGCCUUCAACCGCAGCAUCCGACGGGUGCUACGUCAACAACGUGCCAGGUCAGCGAGCCCACCAGGCUGGCCGGGCCUCUGAGCGUGUCUGAGAGUGUCUGUGCGUGUCUGUGUCUGUGUGUCCCGCUGGGCAGGCUCCCUAUGGCGAUAUGUGCGUGCCAGCAUGACGCUCUCGGGCUACCUGCCCCCGCUGUGCGACCCGAAGGAUGGGCACCUCCUCAUGGAUGGCGGCUACAUCAACAACCUGCCAGCGGACAUCGCCCGCAGCAUGGGUGCCAAGACAGUCAUUGCCAUCGACGUGGGGAGCCAGGAUGAGACGGACCUCAGCACCUAUGGGGACAGCUUGUCUGGCUGGUGGCUGCUGUGGAAAAGGCUAAACCCCUGGGCGGACAAGAUCAAGGUUCCAGACAUGGCCGAGAUCCAGUCUCGCCUGGCCUACGUGUCCUGUGUACGGCAGCUGGAGGUCGUCAAGACCAGCUCCUACUGCGAGUACCUGCGCCCCCCUAUUGACUGCUUCAAGACCAUGGACUUCGGGAAGUUCGAUCAGAUCUAUGAUGUGGGCUACCAGUACGGGAAGGCUGUAUUUGGGGGCUGGAGCCGGGGCGAUGUCAUUGAAAAGAUGCUCACGGACCGGCGGUCUGCCGACCUUAUCGAGAGCCGCCGCGCAGAUGUGUUGGCCUUCCCCAGCUCUGGGUUCACCGACUUGGCAGAGAUCGUGUCCCGGAUCGAGCCCCCCACCAGCUAUGUUUCCGAUGGCUGUGCUGAUGGGGAGGAGUCAGAUUGCCUGACAGAAUAUGAGGAGGAUGCGGGACCUGAUUGCUCUCGGGAUGAAGGCGGCUCUCCUGAGGGCGCCAGCCCCAGCACUGCCUCUGAGAUGGAGGAGGAGAAGUCGAUUCUCAGGCACCGGCGCUGUCUGCCACAGGACCCUCCCAGCUCAGCUGUGGACACCUGAGGACUUGCAGAGGAGUCCCGCCUGGGGCUGGGCUGGGGAUGGGCCCUGUGGGGGUGGCUCACUCCCUCUCUGCCUGCUGCUAUGCCUGUGACCCCCUGGAUCCCCCUGGACCCCCAGGCUCCACACACUGGACUGCUGUGCCCCCAAGGGGAGGGGCAGCACUGCACUGAUAACUCUUGAACUCAUUCUUAAUAAACCUUGCCCUUUCAGAA